CGUAUUCCCUUUCAGGGGCGUGCCUAGUCGUUCACGUCCCGGAAAAACAGCGUGUUGCCAUGUCGAGGUGAACUCGAGCAGUUCAGUAUUCUCAGGAAUAACUAUGGGCCCUGAGGGCGAGGGAAGGCAGGAGGGCGGGGCGUCUGGACCAGACCCCAGGACCCCGGUCCUCCGCAUCAGCCAGCUGGACGCCUUCGAGCUGGACUCGGCCCUGCAGCAGCUGCUGUGGUCCCAGUUCUCCCAGUGCUUCCAGAACCUGGGCCCUGGCCUGCUCACCCCGCUGGAGGCAGAGCUGAAGGUCCUGCUGCAGAUGCUGGUGUGGAGGUUCUCCCUGUACUCGGGCAGCUCCACGGUGGGCCAGGCUCUGCUGGGCCUGCGCUUCCAUAACGCCCUGUCCCACGCCCCCCGCUACCAGACCCUCUCACGCAGGCAGCGUCUGGGCCUGCUGCUGCUGGGGGCCGGGCCUCGCUGGCUGAGGGAGCGAUCCCACAGCCUGCUGCGGUCCCUGGGGGCCGGCCCGGGGAGCGGGGCUCUGUCUGGGGGGCUUCGCACAGGCAUGGGCCUCCUCUCAGGGCUCGUCCAGACGGCUAACCUCGUCAACUUCCUGGUGUUCCUGAGGAAGGGGCGGUACCCGUCGCUCUCAGAGAGGAUUCUGGGAGCGCGGGCGGUGUUCAGCAGGUCUCCGGGGGCGCGCGACGUGGCCUUCCAGUACGUGAACCGUGAGCUGCUGUGGCACGGCUUCGCUGAGUUCCUCAUCUUCCUCCUCCCGCUGGUCGACAUGCGGCGUGCCAAGGCGGCGCUGCGCUACUUCCUGUCUGGCCCGGCGGUGGCGGAGGAGGAGGGGGCGGGGUCGCCGGGGGGGCAGGAGUGCGGGUUCUGUGGGGAGUGGCCUACCAUGCCUCACUCCAUCGGCUGUCCUCACGUGUUCUGCUACUACUGCGUCAAGAGUCACGCCAUCGCCGACGGUUACCUGACGUGCCCCCAGUGCGGCCAAGAAGCGGCGGGGGCGGAGCCAGUCCAGCUGCAGAUCGAGAUGACCGAGAUUCACGCAAGAUGAAGACCGUCUUACCUGGCUAGUUAAUGAUGAUUGACGGGUUGAAUGGGAUCCACGUGUAGUCUUUCAGAAUGGCCUACAGUCACUUUCCUGUUGAAGGAUGUGGGAGGGAGGUCUUGCCAGCAUGAACAUGGAGAGAGAGCCGGCCGCGAGGUGAUCCCUCACACACAGAUGACUUGACAUCGUUGUUUUUAGGUUACGUGUGUGACUAGGGGCCACAUAGGGACGACAGCAGAGAAUGAGUGAGAUUCAGUCAACAUGAUGUUGGUCGAAUGAACUGGACAUGAUUAAUGUAUGUGUGCAUAUAUUGACAGUCCUCUGCUCUCUCCACUUCGGAUAGACUUUGGCCUGAACUAUUUGUCCUUGGUGCACUGGAGUGAUUGCGAAGACACACAGAGAGAAUAUUUGACAAACGAAUGUGUUGAUUUAGGGCCAAAUUGGUAGCGUGUGUGUGUUGAAAUGGGAAUAUUUGUCCUGAUGAAAAAUGCAGAAACUUGACAGAAUAAAUAAUUGGUGAAUAUCUGAUGUCUCUCAUCACCCACGAAUUAGCAUUUGUUUGUAUUUGUGCCUAAAUUCUAUUUCGACGUCAUUAAAAUUGAUGGAAUAUCA